AAUAAAUCUAUAAAUGAUGCACUGCAACCGCUCGAGUUUCAGUUGCUCAAAAUACCGAGCAGACGAGUUAUAGAACUAAUCAGAGCAAUUCGUGUGCAGGCAAAAACAAUAAUGCGUCAGUCAAUCAGCACUUCAAUCUGGCUGCUUACACUUGUGGCUUUUAGUGGAGUCUUGGCUCAAGUACCCUUUCCCGGCCAAUGUCCAGAAGUAAAGAUAAUGGACGAAUUUGAUGUGAAUGCGUAUAUGGGUAUCUGGUAUGAGCAUUCAAAGUAUCCAUUUGCCUUUGAGUUAGGCAAAAAGUGUAUUUACGCAAGCUACGAGAUUGUCGAUAAUACUACAGUAUCUGUAGUGAAUUCGGCUAUCAACAGAUUCACGGGUAAAUCAACAAAUGUAACAGGAACUGCAAAGGUCAUUGCACCUGCUCAGCUGGCCGUAUCUUUCUCAAAGAAUCAGGUGGUCAGCAAGCCGAACUAUCUGGUACUGGGAACCGAUUACGAAUCAUACGCAGUUGUCUAUAGCUGUAAUAGCCUCACUCCUCUGGCCCAUUUGAAGAUUGUCUGGAUAUUAACUCGCCAACGGGAGCCCACAGUCGAGUCCAUCGAUGCUGCCCACAAGAUUCUCGAUGACAAUAAGAUUUCUCAAGCCAUGCUGAUCGAUACCUUACAGAAGAACUGUCCCCAACUGGAGGGCAAUGCAACUGAUUCGGCAUUAAUGCAAUUGGAGGAGGAUGACUUUGACAUCAAUGCAGUUCACGAGGCCAUUGAGAAGGCAUGAGAAUGGCUAAAACGCUUCUAUGAGCGUAUUUUCGUCAUAUUAGAAACUUCUUAAAUGACUACAAUAAAUAAUAUGUUUAUACUCAGACUUAUUAUUAUAUCAAU